GCGUCCGCCCUAUGUGCCGAUACCAUGUUGGAUGUUUGCUUAAAGUCUUUCAAAUAUUUAUGGCUUCUCGUAUUGUUGACCCUACUAAGCGGUUGGAAUCGGGAAACAUUGGCCCAGACGACUCAAAAUAUUAAUGUUUUCUUCAUCAAUGAGGUGGACAACGAGCCGGCGUCAAAGGCAGUGGAUGUGGUGCUUACGUAUUUGAAGAAAAACAUCCGCUAUGGCUUGUCCGUGCAAAUUGAAUCGAUUGAGGCCAAUAAAACGGAUGCCAAGGUGCUGCUGGAAGCAAUUUGCAACAAGUAUGCCGAUAGUAUUGAGAAGAAAAUGAUGCCACAUCUGGUCCUGGACACUACCAAGUCGGGCGUGGCCUCGGAGACGGUGAAGAGUUUCACCCAGGCCUUGGGUCUCCCCACCAUCAGUGCCUCGUACGGUCAGGAGGGGGAUCUACGGCAGUGGCGGGAUCUGGAUGAAAGCAAGCAAAAGUAUCUGCUACAGGUGAUGCCCCCGGGCGACAUUAUACCCGAGGUCAUCCGGAGCAUUGUGCGGCGUCUCAACAUCACCAAUGCGGCCAUCCUAUAUGACGAAACCUUUGUGAUGGACCACAAGUAUAAGUCCCUCCUGCAGAACAUUCAGACACGUCAUGUGAUCACAGCCAUUGCCAUGGAGGGCAAGCGGGAGCGCGAGGAGCAGAUCGAGAAGCUGCGCAAUCUGGACAUCAACAACUUCUUCAUUCUGGGCAACCUUCAGUCCAUACGCAUGGUACUCGAGUCCGUGAAGCCCGCCUACUUUGAGCGAAAUUUCGCCUGGCACGCCAUUACCCAAAACGAGGGUGAAGUUAGCAGUCAGCGCGACAAUGCCACGAUCAUGUUUCUCAAGCCCAUGGCAUAUACGCAAUUCCGGGAUCGCCUGGGCCUCCUGCGCACCACCUACAACCUGAACGAGGAGCCCCAACUGGCCUCGGCAUUCUACUUUGAUUUGGCUCUGCGCAGCUUCCUAACCAUCAAAGAAAUGCUUCAAUCGGGUGCCUGGCCCAAGGAUAUGGAGUAUCUGAACUGUGACGACUUCCAAGGCGGCAACACACCCCAGCGGAACCUCGAUCUCCGGGAAUACUUCACCAAGAUAAGCGAACCCACGUCGUAUGGCACUUUCGAGCUGGUCACGCAACCGAAGCAACCGUUCAAUGGCUUCAGCUAUAUGAAGUUCGAAAUGGAUAUAAAUGUGCUCCAAAUUCGUGGCGGCAGUUCAGUGAACAGCAAAUCGAUUGGCACGUGGACAGCUGGCCUGGACACCCCCCUCACCGUCAAGGAUGAGGAGCAGAUGAAGAAUCUGACAGCGGAUACGGUCUAUCGUAUAUACACUGUUGUGCAACCACCCUUUAUCAUGCGCGACGAGACCGCUCCGAAGGGCUACAAGGGCUACUGCAUCGAUCUGAUCAACGAGAUCGCCGCAAUUGUACACUUUGACUACACCAUCCAGGAGGUAGAGGACGGAAAAUUCGGUAACAUGGAUGAGAAGGGCGAGUGGAAUGGUAUCGUCAAGAAGCUGAUCGAUAAGCAGGCGGACAUCGGCCUGGGCAGCAUGUCGGUGAUGGCCGAACGAGAGAUAGUCAUUGACUUUACGGUGCCCUACUACGAUCUGGUGGGCAUCACCAUCAUGAUGCAGCGUCCCAGCUCCCCCAGUUCGCUAUUCAAGUUCCUCACCGUGCUGGAAACGAACGUGUGGCUGUGCAUCCUGGCAGCCUACUUCUUCACCAGCUUUCUCAUGUGGGUCUUUGACCGGUGGAGUCCUUACAGCUACCAGAACAACCGGGAGAAGUACAAGGAUGAUGAAGAGAAGCGCGAAUUCAAUCUGAAGGAGUGCCUCUGGUUCUGCAUGACCUCGCUGACCCCCCAGGGCGGUGGGGAGGCUCCCAAGAAUCUGUCCGGACGUCUUGUGGCUGCCACUUGGUGGCUUUUUGGUUUUAUCAUAAUUGCUUCGUACACGGCCAACUUGGCUGCCUUUCUGACUGUCUCCCGUUUGGACACGCCCGUCGAAAGCCUGGAUGAUCUGGCCAAGCAAUACAAGAUACUAUAUGCCCCGCUCAAUGGCUCCUCGGCCAUGACGUACUUCGAGCGUAUGGCCAACAUUGAGCAGAUGUUUUAUGAGAUCUGGAAGGAUCUAUCACUAAACGAUUCAUUGACUCCGCUAGAGCGAUCUAAGCUGGCCGUGUGGGAUUACCCGGUCAGCGACAAGUACACCAAGAUGUGGCAGGCCAUGCAGGAGGCAGCACUACCGGCUACACUCGACGAGGCUGUGGCGCGGGUCCGAAACUCAACCGCGGCCACGGGAUUUGCUUUUCUGGGAGACGCCACCGAUAUACGGUACCUGCAGUUGACCAACUGCGAUCUUCAGGUGGUGGGCGAGGAGUUCUCCCGAAAGCCCUAUGCCAUAGCCGUUCAGCAAGGCUCCCAUCUGAAGGAUCAAUUCAAUAAUGCCAUUCUAACGCUGCUCAACAAACGACAACUGGAGAAACUCAAGGAAAAGUGGUGGAAGAAUGACGAGGCGCAGGCUAAGUGCGACAAGCCAGAGGAUCAGUCAGAUGGUAUCUCCAUACAAAAUAUAGGCGGUGUGUUCAUUGUCAUCUUUGUGGGUAUUGGAAUGGCCUGCAUCACACUCGUCUUUGAGUACUGGUGGUAUCGAUACCGCAAGAAUCCGCGCAUCAUCGACGUGGCCGAGGCCUCCAAUUCAGAUCGUUCGAAUGUCAAAGACGUUACUGGCAAGCUGGCCGAUGGCGUAAUUUUGGGCAAUUCGGGGGAAAAGUUUGAAAAGUCGAAUGCUGCACUGCGUCCACGUUUCAAUCAGUAUCCGGCCACAUUCAAGCCACGUUUCUAGGAGAACUCUAUUAAUUUAUAGUGUAACUCGCACGGAGAAUAUCUACGUCUAGCAAUUAAGUAAAUUUGUGGCACUUU